UGUUCUACUGCCGGGUUGCUUUUCUUGUUGCCUGAAAGUCGCACAUUUUAGUUGGUUUUAUGAGUUAAACCGUGUGGCAGUGAUGUAGAAACACUUUUAAUAAGUCUACAGGCCCUCCAUGAGCCCUGCGUGCUCCCGUCUGCACUGAGAGAGAGAGAGAGAGAGAGAGAGCGUGAGUGAGAGACAUAGAGAGAGAAUGUGGCAGAGUUUGGGACUGACCAUACUGGUCCUUGUGGCCACGCUCAUCUGUGUCCUGCUCUUCAUGCUCUUUGGUUGGUACGUGGUGUGGCAGCUUUUCUUGUCCAAGUUCAAGUUCUUGAGAGAGCUGGUUGGGGACACGGGCUCGCCGCAGGCCGAGACUGAACCAUCCGAGUCGGAGAGCGAGCGCAGCUCCCCUCCCACACCCCGCCAUCGAACCAAACCCACCCGCCAAAGAGUCGCUUUCCCCUCCAGCACCACAUAAAGCUCCAGAAAUCUUACAAACCGUCCAAGUUAUGUUUAGGAGCGAGCCAUUGAAAAACAUGUAACCUGCCAAAUAUUUAAGGGGGUUUUUAAUACACUAUUCUUUUACUGAGCUCAUGGCUUUUUUCCUCCCACAUUUGGAAGUUUCAGAUCUGAACUAGAGAGAUUGAUUCAGUAUCGUGGCAUUCACUGUCAUUAACAUGCUAACACUUUAUCCAUGCCCACUUUCUCGACUGCAAGUGGACGGUUGGUAGACUGACCUAUUUCGUCUCGUUUCCUUUCCCACAUUAACUAUGUUUACAGGAAUAGCUCAGAAAGACUUCCUGUGUAUCUCUUGCUAUAAUGCUGCUACAAGUUUCAUGAUUCAGAAUGCACAGGCUGCUAGAUGAGGGACAGUUGUGAGUUUAAUAACACGGGAUGAGGUUGAGAAGGCCGACCCACCGCAGCAUUUAUUAAAUGAAACUGUAAGUCCUCUGAUACUGACACAGUCUGACUUGAUUUACACAAACCCAUGACGUGCAAUAAAAAGAAACAGCAUGGAACAGCUCAGCCACCCACCCAGCUACCAGAGCCCUCGUAAAUCGUUAAUGAGACCUUUAAUGCAAACGCAGGCAUUUAAGAUGAGGCUUCCAUAGUUAAAACUGCCCUCGUUCACCAGUACAGGAACUGAUAGAGUUUUCUUUAAUCGUGGGUUGUCACGCUUUAUUCAGUAAUAAGAUCUGUACGUGUGGACAGCUUCACCCCGUCCAUGUAUCCCCAAAAAUAUUCACUUACAGGGAAAUGGUGAAGACUGCAUUCAACUUUUAAUUAUAUUUUAGGAUAUUUUGGUUUCAUUCUGUUACUACAGCUGUUGUUUCCCAUUAUAAUAAAAAUAUAUAUAUAAAAAAAA